AUGCCAAGGCUGUUGGUUCCAUGCAAGGGAACUACAAGGCAUACUCGCAUCUCGAAAACACCAGGGAACUACAAGGCAUACUCGCAUCUCGAAAACACCCACAAAGCACAAGACAGCGGUACCAUUGUCACCUCUUUACCAAGAACAGGCACAAUUUGGCUGAAACCAUCAGCAUAUGCAAUCGUAAACCAUAAAAAUCUCGUGGGCAUCGAUUGCCAGAAUCUCAUCUCAUCAGAUCCUCAUGCACUUGUACCUAUCUUUGAGUACAAGGUAAACGGAACCAGCCAGCUUCCUGACUUCUCUGGUCUUCCAUCUCCUCGACCUUUUACCACUCAUGUUCCAUAUUCACUGUUGCCAGAAUCCAUCAAGAGCAGCAAGUGUCGAGUUCUCUAUAUUUGCCAUAACCCAGGAGUUAAUUUUGUCUCCUUGUGGCGAAUGCAAGUAAAACUAGGCCUAAAUUGCUUGAAGACGCAUUUGACAUGUAUUGCAAAGGAGUCAGGGCAUGUGGUCCAUACUGGAAGCAUGUGUUGGGAUACCGGAAACAAAGCUUAG